CUUUCAGUAGUGCAGCCCGUUCCGGCCCAACAUCAACAACGGUCUUCUCCACCGGUACCGAUUCCCCCAUUCCCCGUUCCCCCUCCUCCGACCGGAAUCGCCGCCGCGUCCCCGUCGACCAUCGCCUCGGCCGCUGCAGAUUAACCUGACCUGGCGCCAUGGACGAGACGGAGAGUUCCAAGCAGAAGAAGUUGAGGACAGGCGACCACCCUCCGACGAAUCCGGCGGCCACCCUCCUCACCGACGACCUCGUCGUGGAGAUCCUCUCCCGCCUCCCCGCCAAGUCCCUCCACCGCUUCAAGUGCGUCUCCCCGUCCUGGCGGGACCUCAUCGCCCACCCCGCCCACCGCAAGAAGCUUCCCCAAACCCUCGCCGGCUUCCUCUACGGGACCGACGACAGCCACUUCGCCAACGUCUCCGGCGGCCCAGCCCCGCUCAACGCGUCCGUCCCUGUCCUGCUCGACAAGUACUUGCACGUACAAUAGCUGGACACCUGCAACGGCCUCCUCUUCUGCCUCUGCUACAGCGAACCUCCUCCUACUUCUUCCACGACUGAGUUUGAUUCACAUUACAUCGUCUGCAAUCCCGCUACGGAGAGGUGGGUCGAGCUGCCCCCUCAC